AUGUGGGACAACCCAGAAGCGCAUCAGCAGCUGCUGGAGGACCAGGUGCGCUAUGCGGCGUACCAGGACGCGCUCAUGGCCGCGGCGCCGCUGCUGGAGGGCCGCACCGUGCUCGACGUCGGCUGCGGCACGGGCCUGCUCAGCCUCAUGGCGGCGGAGGCGGGCGCCGUGCACGUGUACGCGGUCGACGCGUCCCAGGGCGCCGCCGAGCUGGCGACCCGCGUGGUGGCGGCCAACAAGAUGCAGUCGCGCAUCACGGUCCUCCACGGCCGCGCAGAGGCGGUGGCGCUGCCCGUGGAUAAGGUUGAUGUCAUCAUUUGCGACUGGAUGGGGGCGGCGCUGCUGCACGACAGCCUGCUGCCGGCGCUGGCAGCGGCGAGGGACAGGUGGCUGGCGCCCGGCGGGCUGAUGUUUCCCGACUCGGCCUCGCUGUAUGUGAUGGGCGUGGACGACCGGCAGCACGUGGCGGAUAAGAAGGCCUUCUGGCACGCGCGGCAGCUGGGCGACUUUGACGUGAGCCCUGUGCUGAACUCGGUGGUGAAGUUCCCGCGCCAGGACACCCUCACGCGCCGCAGCCAGGCGGUCACGGGGCCUGGCAGGCUGCUGCAGCUCGACCUUUACAAAGCCGGCCCGCAG